UAACUUUGUGGAGUUGUGUUGUUUGGGCUACACUGAGGCUGACCUUGAUUUCCUACAUUAAUUACCACCUGCCACCGACCUUCAGAGGAUAAUCUCUUAAUAAUCAUCCAUCAUGGCAGGAAGGACAACAGGUGAUGAUGAAGUAGACGGUAAAUUACAGGAAUGGCUGAAAUUAGAUCGGAAUGAAAACACCAGAGCAGAGAUGCAGCAGCUAGCUGACAGUGGAGAUGUAAAAGGACUUAGAAAGUUAUUAUUACAGAGAAUGGAAUUUGGAACUGCAGGUUUAAGAGCACGCAUGGGAACGGGAUUUUCUCAGAUGAAUGAUGUGACAAUCAUACAAACCUCACAGGGCCUAAGUAAAUAUUUACUCAAGACUUGCCCAAAUGUAAAGAAAAAUGGUGUUGUCAUUGGAUACGAUGGAAGACACAACAGCCAAAGAUUUGCAUCUCUAGCUGCAACAGUUCUGAUUAAUGAUGAAAUUCCUGUCUACCUCUUCUCAGCUGUCUGUCCAACUCCCUAUGUGCCGUACUCUGUACUCCACUAUAAGACUGAGUGUGGCAUUAUGGUGACGGCCUCACACAACCCCAAGGAUGACAACGGAUAUAAAGUCUACUGGGGAAAUGGUGCUCAGAUUAUUUCACCGAUUGACAAAGGGAUAGCUGAGUCCAUUCAACAGAACCUGGCGAUCCUGGACUCUUCAUGGGAUUACACCUCUGUUAGAUCCUCCCCUCUGUGUAAGGAUCCAUUGGCCACCAUAUUGGAUGCUUACAACAGGGAUCUGUGUACCUUGUGUUACUUCCAAGAGAAAAACCAAUGUAGCCCAAUAAAUUUCACUUACACUGCUAUGCAUGGUGUAGGGUAUGAAUAUUUCAAGAGAGCGUGUCAAAGCUUUGGAUUUAAGGAACCAGUGGCAGCACAAGAGCAGAUUACACCAGAUCCUGAGUUCCCCACAGUGAAGUACCCCAAUCCUGAAGAGGGAGAAGGGGCAUUGCUGAUUGCAAUGAAAACAGCUGACCAAAACAACAGUUCGGUGAUUCUGGCCAAUGACCCUGAUGCUGACCGGCUGGCUGUAGCAGAGAAACUUCCAGAUGGAAACUGGCACAUCUUCUCAGGGAAUGAAACAGGUGCUCUCCUAGGCUGGUGGAGCUGGUUUUCCUUUGUACAGAGGUACCCUGAAUACCCAGUGAGUGACUUGUAUAUGUUAGCCAGUACUGUAUCUUCAAAGAUUCUGCAAACAAUUGGAAAUAGAGAGGGAUUCAACUUUGAGGAAACUUUGACUGGUUUCAAAUGGAUGGGAAAUCUUUCAACUGACUUACUUAAACAGGGCAAAAAGGUCUUAUUUGCUUUUGAAGAAGCUAUUGGGUUUAUGUGUGGUACUAAUGUCCUCGACAAGGACGGAAUCUCAGCAGCCAUGGUAAUGUCAGAAAUGGCCACUUAUCUGUAUAACAACAACAACACACUGCAUAGGAAGCUGGACGAAAUAUAUAAAACGUAUGGUUACCACCUCUCUAACAACUCCUAUUUUAUUUGUCAUGAAGCUGAUAAGAUCAAACAAAUGUUCGAGGAAAUUAGAAACUAUAACAACACAGGAAAGUAUCCCGAGUCCUGUGGCCCUUACAAAAUCAAAUACAUUCGAGACUUAACUGUGGGUUACGAUAACAGUAAACCCGACUCCAAACCAGUUUUGCCUGUCAGUAAAUCUAGUCAGAUGAUCACCUUCACUUUUGAGAAUGGAUGUGUUGCCACAUUAAGAACCAGUGGAACGGAACCAAAAAUUAAAUACUACACAGAGGUUAAACCAGAUCCCAAACAAGGAAUGGAUAGACAACAAGCUCAGAAAGAAUUAGAUGACAUUGUCCAGUGCAUUAUAACUCAUUUCUACCAGCCAGAAAAGUUUGGUUUUACACCCAGACCAACGUGAACACUUAACCUAGAUAUAUAUAACAUAUACAAGUCGUCCCCCUAGAGUGUUGUUGACAUACUGGUUAUAAUAUUAUUUAUGUGUUACAUUUGGGAUCUUUGCCCAUUUUUAGCUCUACUGGUCAGAGACCAGAAGAGCUUAUGCGAUAGUAAUGCGUCCGGCGUCCGUCCGUCUGUCUGUCUGUCUGUCUGUCUGUCCGUCUGUCUGUCCGUCUGUCUGUAAACAAUUUUUCAAAACGCUACUCCUCCUACAAUUUUAGUCUGAUUUCAAUAUAACUUGGCACACAAGUAGACUACACUAAGAUACAUAGAAUAGUGCAUGGGUUUUUAAUUUCAAUGAACGGUGUUGCCAUGGUUACUAAAAAUAGAAUUUUCUGUGAAAUUCCUUUAAAACGCUACUCCUUCCACAGUUUUGGUCUGAUUUCAAUAUACUUUGGCACACAAGUAGACUACACUAAGAUACAUAGAAUAGUGC